UCCAGCAGACACUCAGCAGAGCAGCAGCCGCAAUUCAAAACUGAGGACGCACACUGGGGAAUAUCUUGCGGACGUGGUAAAUAAAAGAAAAUAUAAGCAUCUCAACCCAAGCAAUCGCAUUUUCUUUUGGAUUUCCAACGGUUUUGAUGUCGGCUGAUCUGGUGUGAAGCGUUUACCAGUUCAACUUCUGUGUUUAAGGAGAGGAGAUACAUUUCAGCUAUAUUCGGGUCUCGUAAACGGAAUGAAUGACCAAGACAAAGGUUGACACCGGUUCCCCGACGCAUUUUGUCUCGUCGAAGGAGAAGAGGCAAAAGCAGAAAAUGGAGAGCAGCAACGGCGAACAAGAGCAGCCGCAGCCGUCACAACAGCAGCCGCCUGCGCAGCCGCUACAAGUUACCGAGAAAAAGAAAAUACACCGGGCACCGUCUCCAGCAAGACCCAAAGAUGUGCCCGGGUGGUCCCUUACUAAAAUCCGCGGCGGUAUCGGCACGCCGACGCUGAGCGUCAAACCGGGGGCCAUAUAUUUAGGCGGCCGCGUGUCCAGACGUAGUCCGGUUACCGGGAAGGAGACAAAAACAGAGAAGAGUAAACCACCCGGCAAACCCGCGCUGUCCGCGGCCGGUGCUCAGAAGGGCAGCGUGAAGUCUAAUAAAAGCGGCCGGAGAAAAGUUUCGGACGCCAGCAUCGGAUCGGAUGAUUUAAGCAAGGACUCCGGCUGCGCACCGGGAAAACUCUCACCCACCGACAGCAGUUCCGAGCUCUCCGACUGCGCCUCCGAGGAGAAUAAAGUCUCCACAGAUGCUCUUAGCAGCGACACCGAGACCAGCAGCCGCGGGGGGAUCGACGGCGAAAAAGCGGCAGCGGAACAUAGACUGUUGGACAAGAGUGGUCAGACCAAAACCAGCUUGGAGAAAGACCGGCUCUCGCUUGGAAUGGACACCGGAGAGGGGAGCGUCUCUCCCGGGGACGAGCGUUCGCUCACCUCGUUCGACAGCAGGAUGCCCGCCAGCACGUCCUUGGCGUUUUCGGACCUGACUGAGGAAUUAAUGGACGGGAUGCAUGAGGAAUUAGUCAGGGAAAUAGAAGAACUCAGGUCGGAGAAUGAUUAUUUAAAGGAUGAGAUGGAGGAGCUUCGCUCUGAGAUGCUGGAGAUGAGAGACAUGUACAUGGAGGAGGAUGUCUAUCAGCUCCAAGAGCUCAGACAGCAGCUGGAUCAGGCCAACAAGACCUGCCGCAUCCUGCAGUAUCGCCUUAAGAAGGCAGAGAGACGCAGCAUCCGCGUUGCCCAGACCGGACAAGUGGAUGGGGAGCUUAUCCGAACACUGGAGCAAGACGUCAAGGUGGCGAAGGACGUCUCCAUCCGUCUGCACAAUGAGCUGGACACUGUGGAGAAGAAGAGAUCUCGUCUGGAGCAGGAGAACGAGGAGCUAAGGGUGAAACUACAGGAUCUGGAGGUGGCCAAGCAGGUCCUGCAAGCGGAGAUGGAGAAGGCCAGAGAGAACUCUUUGAAGAAGAGAGGUGCCAGACCAAACAACAAACCUGAUAAAAAAGCAUCGCCUCAGCCUCCAGAGGACAGUUCAGACCUAAAGUGCCAGCUUCACUUCGCCAAGGAGGAGUCAGCUCUCAUGUGCAAGAAACUCACCAAGAUGGUCAAAGACAAUGAGGCCAUGAGGGAGGAACUGGCAAAGUAUCGUUCUUUAUACGGAGAGGUUGAUGCCUCACUUACUGUUGAGGAGGUUGCUGAUUCUCCUCACACCCGAGAGGCUGAGGUCAAAGUCCAUCUAAAACUGGUGGAAGAGGAGGCGAACCUUCUAAGCCGACGGAUCGUAGAGUUGGAGGUGGAGAACCGCGGCCUUCGUGCCGAAAUGGACGACAUGAAGAUCCAAGAUUCUCCGGGUGGAGUCGGCAUCACGGGUGGAGUCGGAAAUCAGCUGUUGCUUUCCACAUCUGAGAAUGUGAUGGAGCUACAGCGCCACCUACAGUUUGUGGAAGAAGAGGCGGAUCUGCUUCGGCGCUCCCUGAUAGAAAUGGAAGAGCAGAACAAGCUCUUGAUGAACGAGCUCAAUCACUACAAGUCCGAGCUUCCCGCUGUCACUGAGAUAGAGCCGCCUUCAUCCACAACCAUCACUUCACCCACAAUCAUUCUUGGUGGUUCUGAAGAUGGAGGAUCUGAACUAAACGAAGCCAGCCACAAAGAACUACAUGCUGCCAGGCUUCAGAUCGCAGAGCUGAAUGGCAAAGUAAAAAAGCUCCAGUAUGAGAACCGUGUACUUCUGUCUAACCUUCAACGGUGUGACUUGGCUUCCAACCAGGGCUCCACACGUCCAGCGCUGGAGACCGAUGCUGAAGCAGGGGACUCGGCUGAGUGUAUCCCCAGCCAGGCGCAUCGCGAAGGCCCGGUUGGCGAUGAACAGAACGAUAUUCUGGAGGAGAAGAAUCUGAAAGUUUCAGGAACAAGUCACACUCAUACAGCUCAGUGCCUCAGCAUAAAAGACCUUCUCGCUAUCCGUGACCAGGCGCAACUUGUUACCUCAGCCAUUCAGCUUCUGACAUCACCUGACCCAUCUUGUAUCUCACCAGAUGGUGUCUAUCGUAAGAUUACGACAAAUGAGUCUGCAGAACCGGUUCUGCUUGAGAAGAGCCAGACCGAAAACUCCACGCUGCCCCUGGUGGAGGCCCUGCAUGGCAGACUGCAGUCCCUCCAGGCUCAGCUACAGGCCCUCAGUGAGAGGGUGGAUGCCCUGGGGCAGCCACCAGAGAGGGAGCGUGUGGAAGGGAUGUCCCUGAUGCCCCUGUUGUCGGAGGCGGAAGACCCUGCAGCAAACUGCUCAUGCCCUGCAGAUGCUCAGUUCAACCAGAACACGACCCAACAGAAGCCUGACUCUAGAGACCAGCCAGACUGUGAGGUCAAAGUUCACCCGUGCAAGGCAGAGGAGGAGAGCAACAGCCACAAAGACAGCAACAAAGACGAGGAAUCUGACUUAAAGGAAACAAACUCGGAUCUGCUGACAGAGCAGGUUGGCGAGCUGCACGCUCUGUUGUCUGAGGCGAGAGAGAAAGCUCAGGGAGCGCAAGAAGCGCUGUCACAGGAGAGACAGGCACGCCACCACGACACGCAUAAAAUCUCUCAGCUUCAGGAGGAGCAUCAGAAGGCUCUCCUCCGCCGGGACUUCCAGCUGCAGAGUCUGAGUCUACAGACGCGCCUACAGCAGAAGCUGUGGAGUCAGGAGAGAAACCUGCUGGUGCAGGAGUCUCAGCAGCUCAAAGAGAGCCUGCUCCUCAUCAGCCUCAAGCUGCGCUGGCUGCUCAAACAGUGGAGACUCGGCAAGAAACUUGACACCGAGAGCAAGGAUAUCCUAGAGGUUAACAGUGUGAAAGAUCUCCGUAUCCUGCUUGAGGAAGAUGGCCUGUCUUCCCACUAUGGAGACAACAAGAUGUCAGCUGCUGAGGAGCAGCCACUCAAUCCUACACCCAAAGAGCACAGCCUGGCAGAGAAAAGCUCCCCACAGCAGCCUAGUGGAUUCGGCAGUACUCUCUCAGACUUGAAGGUGGCGCUACAGGACCUGAGCGCUGAGCUGCGCGAGGAGCGCCAGAGUUCACAGGAGUUAACGCAGCAGUUUGCCCGUGCUAAAGCAUCAUGGGAAGUUGAACGGAUGGAACUCAAGAGCAUCAUCACUCAGCUGGAGGGGAAAAUGGGGAAGGCAUCUGUUGCUGUUGGUGAAAAGGAUUCUCCAGACCUCAAGGGGGCACUAAAAAAGGAGCGAGAAGAGCAUCAACACCUGUUGGCAGACUCUUACGCUGCUGUGAUGGACCUCACGAAACAACUGCAGAUCGGCGAGAAGAACUGGAGCCGAGAGAGGCUAGAGCUUCUGGAGCACUUCAACCAAGAAAGAAGUCAAUGGGAACAGCAUUUACGAGAAGCUCAGAGCAAAGGCACACAGUCUCUUCAUGACAAAACAUCUGAGAAAGAAAUCUCAGCAGAUGCUGCCACCAGUGGUUCAGGACUGCAAAGGACCAAAUCAAUUUCUGCCCUCACUGAAUUUAAGAAUUUACUGGACACCAGUCUGCUCCUUUCUGGUCACAAGGUCAGUGGAGUACCAGAGUGCAAUGUUGCACAGCAUCAAACUACUGCUUCCGCCUCCAUUCUGGCUCGCACCGACUUAAGUGAUCUCAAUAAGAAGAAUUGGAAGUACCUGACCAAUGAUUCUGCAAUGCUGGAGAAGGGUGAUCAGUUUAAGACAUGGGACUGCCCAAGCACCAACUCUAACAGCAGCUUCCCCGGACUGGAGUUGAGCAAGGAGUACAUCCAGAGAAGCUACACUGCUCCAGACAGGACGGGUAUUCGCAUCUAUUACAGUCCUCCAACUGUGAGGAGAAUGGAAAGGAGGCCAGUCAAAGAAAAAUCCCAGCAGGAUCCUCAACAAGGACCAUCAUCUAGAGACACAGCCAUGACUGCUGCAUCUGCACCUUUAUCGACCACUUCCUCAUCCACUUAUGAGCAGUGGUUGAGCUCACUUUCACAGCAGCAUAGAGAUCUGCUUGAAGGACGGACGGUAGGUUCUGCACCAUUCCACGGAUUGGAAAUUUCAGGCAACCUUAGUGAUGACAUGAAGGAGAUGACCAACUGUGUGCGACAGGCCAUUCGUUCCAGUUCUCUGGAGAGGAAGUGCAGCAAAGAUACUGGGAGCCAGACAGUUGGUGUUUCAAGUACAGGAACGCAAACAGCACAGUUUGUCAGCAUUGGCCUACAAACCGAUGGCCCAAUUUCAACAACUAGAGGCCUUCAAGGGAAAGCAUGGUCUCCUCGUCCGUCCACCUCACUUUCAUCUGCACGCUCCCGACAGAUCUCUUCAUCUCUAGAGAAAGUCCACAGUCGCAUAGAUAGACCAUGUUGCUCACCCAAAUAUGGCUCACCUAAGCUUACCCGCAGGGUCUCCACCUCCUCCUCCAAACUCGAGACCUCCUCAACCUCCUCAAGGGACCGCAGUGUAUGGAACCUUCAUAACCGUAGUGGAUCUCAAAACGGGUCUGCCUGGGCACGUUCCACCACCACCCGGGACAGCCCAGUGCUUAGUGGCCUCAAUGAUGGCUUGACCAGUCUCUUCAGUGUAGUGGAACACUCCGGAAGUGUUGAAUCAUUAUGGAAAGCAGAUCCAUGCCCAGGAAGACAAGCUGCUGGAAAACCCUCAUGUCCUAGCAUAGGUAUCGGUCUAGGAGAAGCGGGAGCUCAGAAGUACGGCAUGGUCCAGGAGUUUCUCCGCAAUGUUUGCGGCAGGACUGUGCCAGCAGGCACCAUGGACGAACCAAAGCCUGAAUGCAUACCUGGAGCCUUGAUUGGCACAGACAACAUCACGAAGAUUGUCAAUAAGAGGUUUAUGAAAACACAAAGAGAAGAGUUUGUCACCACCGGAAAGGAUGUGAUGAGCUCAAGCUCUAGUACUCUGGAGGAUUCAGUUUGUGACUGCAGCUCACAAACUGUCACUACCUGUUUUGCCCGCCACUCCCGCUCCACCACACGACUUACACAUGGCCAGUGCAAACAUCGAGCGCAAGAGUCACCCAUGGGAACCGAAGAACGAUGCGAUACCAGUAAUGAAUGAGGAUGAGGGUGGCCUCUUCUGACACCCAAAAAGUAUACAAAGACUCAAUGCUCAUCCCACACACACUGCCACACAAAUCCACUGCCACAUACGCCAAUACACACAGACACACCUUUAAACAAACACACACAUACUUCAUACCUUCACUAAAAGUCUUCAGGGUUACAACAAUGGGACCUUGAAGAAUUCCUGCAUCUGGAGAGUUUCCAAACCCAGACCUCAGUGUAACCAGCACACUUUAAUGCCAAGGAAGGGGAAAGAGUUGACCUCCCCUUUAGGUCCACCAAUCCACUUUCAAACCAGUCAGAUUUCACAUUGUAAGUCCGUCAUUCCAGAGUUAACCAGCCAGACCUGCCUUUAAAGCCCAUCAUUCUACCAUUCCACAGUCAUCCAGUCAGACCUCUUCUUUAAACCAUUCCUCUGUUCUUCAUCCAGCCAACAGGACAGCUUAGCCAGCUAUUACAGUCCCCAUGGAAGAACUUGAGUAAUCCAAACCAAGCCGACACCAGGUCUUAAUGAAAUCAUGUAGAUAUAAAGGGAACACGCAGCAUGCAACUAAACAAACCAAGAACCUCAACAUGGACUUUUGGUAAGAUUGAUUUCCUUUGAUAACUGCCCAGUGGCUCUUACAUUUCACCAAAAACAGCAUUGCUUGGAGUAGCUGUAAAAUGUCCCAUAACCAGCCCUUGAUGGAUUCUACAAGUGUACCAUUUUUGAGUCUACAAUGGACCACUUUUGCCUUCAUUGGUUAAGAAAAAUUGGUCUUUUGGGAAAGUGUUCAGCUUUACCAAAUCCAACAUGGUAUCAAUUUGUUUUUUUCUCUAACAAGCUUGUUUCAGCCACUGUAUAGACUCUGCAAAUACUUAAGACCAUCUUCCAUUUUCAAACCAGCCAAAAUAUGAAACUCGGAAUCUACCCUUGGAUUUCUCUAAAAAAAGGACUGGAUGAUGUCAUACUGCAUUAUGAAUCUGUCCUUUUUAAAACUUAAUAUUCUUAUUAUGCUGUCUGAAGAUGUCUACGAUGAGCACGUUGGUAGCUGUAGAGUAGGAUAGCAGUUGUUUUGUUUGCUUUGGUACUGUGUUUGAAGUGUUUGAACAUUAGGCCACUAAUACAAAAAUCUCCAUUCCCUGGCUAGGAUGUCCUCAUGAAUUUUAAGAUAUAAAUGUCAAUUUUAUUUUUAGUCUCUAUUUCUACAGAAGACAUGUUGCUGGGUGCAUCUUCUGCAAUCCUUUUCUUUAUUUUCACUGUGUCUACCUCUUCAUCGUCCAUCAUUAUGCUGAAAUAAACCUAAUGGACCUUAGUCAGGGUAGGCGCCAAUUUUUUCAUUUGAUGGAAAUGAUAAUGAGACUGUAAGGGGUUGAAGUAUAGUCAGUGUAAUAGGUUAUACCAUUCUGUGUUAGGAAUAAACACACAGCAUGAGUUGGGAAAUUAGACGCGAGUGUAGAAACAUUGGUCUAAUGCUGCAUAGACUGCUGGGUAAUAGCUGUGGAUUCUGGAAAUGUGCACAUAAAAGGUGCAUGUCGGCCUAAAGGAGGUGCUUGUGAGCUCUGUACGCACCCUAUACACCCUGACACUUUGGGACAGGGCCAGACUGUACGUCAGUCUCUCCCAGCCUACGUCGUCUACCCUGACUAAACCCUAUAAUCCUAUUUUCCAGAAGACAUCUAAAAGCUUCACAAAAUACUCAUUAUGCAGAUACCACAUAUAUAAACAGAGAUAUGUUAAAGGCUGAAACGCUGAAUGCUAAUUAAUUGGCCAUAGUGAGAUUUUAAGAUUAGUGAGAUUUUAUCCCAAAAUAUAAUCCAUAAUCUGACCGUUCAUGUAGCUAUGCAGUUACCGUGAUAUGAGUGUGUGCCUCCCUGCAUCAGAGUGCAAGUUGUUUGUAAUGUGUUUUCUCCAAUCUCCAGUUGGAGUGGUGCUGCAGAAAUGGAAGUUUAGUCCUUUUCGCUGGUGCUUUUCUUAGAUUUGAUGACAGUACAUUAGAGGAAACAUUUUUGUAUGCAUUUCUCGAGCCAUGUAAGGAUUUGUUGAUUCGGCUCUUUUAUAAAUCGGGCAUUAGUAGAGUUUCCGAAUAUUACAUUUCUCAAUUGUUCAAUGUCUGGCCAAAAAAGACAGUCAGAUAUUAUAAACCCAGCCUAUUAUAUCCCAGACAAUGUCUCCUCUUUAUCUGUCACAGCCUUGCCAUAUGUCCCACAGCUACCUCUUAACUCAAAAAACUGUAUCUAACAUUACGUUUAACCCAUUCAUGUUUCAUUUUGAAGGUCACUAGAGUGCCUUUUUUUGAAAAAAUUAAAGCAACAAGAUCUGUUAGGAGUAGGUUUUUGAGGAACCAUCUACUGUUGGCAAAUAUACAUCAGAUAGCUACUGAACCCCUUGGUUUUUUGAAAAAAGACAAAAUGAGACAAAGUCUGUAUUCAUAAAGUUAAAUGAAGUGCAAGUUCAAUCUAUAGUGUAUAUUGUAAUUUAUCACAGAAGCCAAAAUACAGUUUGACGAGUGAAAUCUGCUAAUGUAAUCAGUCCAACCUUUCUUUAUAAGCCAUUUUAACUUGUUUGAAUGUUUCCUGAGUUGAGUCUGAUGAUGUAGCUUCGCCCACUUAUACAUAUCAGACAAACAGUGUACCGUCUCUUCAAGUGCCCCUUAACUGUUUAGUCUUGGUAUUUGUUUUUCUGAUUUUGGUCACAUGAUCUCUGAAAAAAAACAGGGGGAAUGACCUUAGUUCAGGAGCCUUUCGUUUGAGCGCUCCCACAGUCAAUUUAUCAAAUGCUGAAGUCUUACAUCAAACCCCAAUGAUGGUUUGAAAAUGGAAAUUUCCCCAGAAGAAUGUAAAUGAUACCCCGUUACACAGUUUUAUAGCAAUUUUGAAACCAGUGACAGUAGUUUAAAAGGUCAUGUGGUUGGUGGUUUUAGAUUUAAAGAUGUUGUUUUCAUUGGAGCAGCUCUCUGAUUGGCCUUCCCGUUCAUGAUAUUGGUCUCCAUCACUCUUGUGUCGUCACAACAUCUUGUUUUAAUGCCUAGCAAUAUAUACAACACCUUGUCGCUUAUUGUUGUCAAUAUCGUUUAUUAUUGUCAAUAUCGCUAAAUUAUUAUAAAGAGAAUGCGUGUAUAUUUCUUUUUUGUUUCCAUUUGAAAUCUCUUUCGGAUGAAAAAGAUGAUUACAGAUGGACACUGAGAAACCUUUCUAAAUGUUUGAAAUCAAAUAUACUGUAAAUAAAUACACAAUUUGUACUCUUUCUAUCCUCGUGUAGGAAAUGUUGAAUGUCUCUGCCAACUUGAGCUUGAAUUCUGUACCUUUCCUCACCUGAAUUAAAAACAUGAGAAGAUUUUGUGUAAAUAGAAACAUUUUAAAAAUAAAAACGCUGAAAAUU